GCGUCUUGGAUAAAUCAGGAUGCGUUUAUAUAAAUAAUAGAUUAUAUCUCCUUGAAAUUCGCUUGCAAUAUCAUAUCAUUUUAAUUAAAAGAUAUUACGAACAUAUUGAUAAAAAUGUCAUAAAAAAGGGCCAAUAAUAUAAAAGAUUUAUUAUUGUAUUGUUGGCUUAUCGAUAUUCGAUCUUGAAUCGAAAAAGAACUAUGUAAUUGUGUCAUUCUAAAUCCUAAAAUAUCAUUAAAAUGCUAAAAUGCAAAGGUUCUUGUAGCGUUGAACUUAAUAGAUUCUUGUCUAUGCUAGCGUACAAUCAAAUAGAGCACAUCCCUAAUUUUAUAGGGUUUUGUAUAUGCUGGCUUGUGCGACUUUCAGCACUUCGCCGCAUGGCGCAGCACUAGUCCGGGAACAACCAGAAGCAUAAGCGUGAGCACUCUCAUUUCCUCUUUGUUAUUAUGUUGUAUUUAAAAAAUAAUGUAUAUAAAACACGAUAUUAGCCUGAAAGGUCAUCUUAUUAAAAUAAAGUCUUGACAGGGAGAGUUACGUGAAUGUAAAUUCUUGUAAUCAAUAAUGGCAAUAAUGUAGUAUGAGCACGAGGACAGUAGAUUUCAUUAUGUUAGUAGCAAUCGUCUAUUUUGAAAUAUAUCUAUUCACUGUUUUUGUAGAAUAGAAUUCUCUUUCCUAAAAUUAUAAUAAAGUAAUAUCUUUUAAACUUUCUUCCGCCCGUCAUUGUAUAUAUAAUAUACAGCUAUAUUUUUAUAAUAUAAUACUAUUUAUGAUAAGAAUAUAUACAUAUACUUACGUUUUACAGACGUUAUGUUUUCUAGUUUGUUUUCAUGUAUAUUUUAGAAUAUAUAUGCAUUGAGAAUCUAGUAAGUGAGUAUACGUUAUACUUUUUGCUGUUCCAAAUUCUAUUAUACAUACGUAAAUGUAUAACAUUAAUAUUCUAAGAAUUUUAUGUGAAUAUAAUUUACAGAUAUAAAAUGUAAUGUAUACCCCUUUUAUUUUUAAACUAUCAAAAAUUUUUAUGUUAUAAAAUACUGCAAUAUAACAUUAUUAUAAUAAACAUGGAUAUUAUAAUACCUGAAAAUAAAUUCAAUUCCAAAUUUAUUACAACAAAAUAUAAAUACGCUUCUGUUUAUUUCUAUUCAUAAUGUCCUUAAAUUUCUGUUCACUUGUAUUUUAAAAUUAUAUAAAUAAUAUGUACUAACGAUUAUAUGUUAGAGAAGAAUAAUGAAACAUCCCUCAGAACGCAGGAUCAAAGUCGAUGUUAAAUUCUUGGAAAGAUACAUAGGGCCAAAUUCGGUGGUAUUCGAACAAUGUCCAAACAGGAGAUAAGGUCAGUGCGCACGAAAUGAACACAGUAGACAUAACGGCCCAAUCUUCAGUCCCCAUGCACCUUGCUUUGCCUUCACAUUGUUUUUCUGGCACAGUCAGUAUCUAUCUCGUCGCAGACUGUUACUGGACGCUUUAAGAUACGUGAACGAAAAAUAACAGUGGCAAGUUGGUCAUCUCCGAUACAAUGCCUCGCAAAUCAUUAUUUUUCAUUGUGAUAUUAUUCGGCUUUAUUCAAUAUAUUGAAAACAAGGCAAUUGAAAAUCGAGAUUUUCAAUCUAAUAUUGCAAAUAGUGCUUCUAGGAUUGAAGAUCAAAACAUAAAUGAAAAUUUCGACUCCGAGGUAAUCAAAAGUGAACGCUCAAAUAGGGAAAUAAACCACACUACUUGUGUUGGAAAUUGUAAUGAAAAAAAACAGAAAUUUUUAAGUGAAAGCAAGCACAUAUGCCCUCAUGGAAGUAAGGAAUUGUGCUUAAUAUUCUCUUUGUCAAAAAUUGCUAAAGUUCAAGUGGCUAAUUUAAAUCAGCCUGCGACGCAUCACAGUUUAAAAUCAAAUAUUUUUGACAGUGUGUCAAAAGAUGCCAGAAAUUCAAAAAUUAACGAAGACAUAAAGCAGGAAGGGCAAUUAAGGCUCAAUUUCGUAAAUCGAAACGAGGACAAAUAUUUCCAGAAUUCUUCGGAGAAACAGAUGAAAUCAUCGAACGUCCAUUGUCGAGCAGUUCAUGAUGUUUAUAUACCAGAAGUGAAUCAGAAUUUACCAGCUUUUGCUUGUGUAUUUGGAAAUAAUACGUUCAUCUUGUCGAGUGAAAGAUUUCUUCAAGAUCAACGAACAUAUUUGGAUAUAAAGAUUGAGGAAAAUACAUUUAAAAAUAUAAAAUUUGCUCCGAAAAUGUCCAGAACCAAUGGAUUUGACGUGGUACCUGCUCUGCUUAUUUUAAAUCGCAUUAAUAAUAAUUACAGGAUAGAAAUGCACGAAAAUAUCCCUAAUGCAGGAAAAGUCGAUCAGUCAGAAGAAAGCCGAUAAGAGAUUAUCAAGAAAUAAUCGUGUUUAAUAGAAGAUUCAAAUACCCGGUGAUAAUUUUGAAUUCAUUAUCUUUUGUUAGAUAAACAAUACAUGUAAAUAUGAUAAUUGUAACUAUAUCAGUAACUAUAUAUUUGUUGCAAUUGAAAGGAAAUUAAAUAAUUUUAUAAUGUAAUUAAAAAUAUUUUUCACGAUUUUUUUUCUUCUUGUUCUGAUGUAUCGUUGCUAAAAUAUUUGAUAUAAAUGUAAUUCCAAUAUA